UUCUCCAGUCAAGAUGGCGACAUCGGAGCCGGAAAGUUCUUUGCAGAAACACAAGAGGCUACAAGAUCAAUCCAUCAACAACAAAACACUGCAGUGACAAAAAAAAGUUAAGCUGCAUGCAAAUGACUGAGUAACAAACAGAACAGUGAAUCAACACUACAUGAAAAAAAUCCUUUAAAUUAUCUAUAAGUUUAUUUUUUCUUAUCCUAAAAGUGGUAGAAUGCGCUCUGUGCUUUGGAUACAUUUUUUUUUAUUGAAAGCAGCUGACACUGAAGAUCAACAACAGACUGACGGUCAGGUUCUUGCAAAUGCUGAGCAGUAUAUCAAGCAUCCUUUGCAAAACAGGUGGGCUCUUUGGUAUUUCAAAAACGACAAGACUAAAAGCUGGACGGAGAAUCUGCGUCUGAUUUCCAAGUUUGAUACGGUGGAAGAUUUCUGGGCAUUAUACAACCACAUACAACAACCAAGCAAACUGGUCCUUGGGUGCGAUUAUUGCUUAUUUAAGGAUGGCAUCAAGCCGAUGUGGGAAGACGACAAGAAUAAGCUGGGAGGUCGAUGGCUGAUGACGCUCAACAAACAGAAACACAACGACCUCGAUCGCUACUGGAUGGAAACUGUAACGCUGCAGUUUGACUUAGCAGAAAUGAUCUGUGUUGUUAUGAUUUUCUUGUUGACUCGCAUUCAUUUACACGGCAACAGUUUAAACAAAGCGCCACUCUGUUUUAUUUUGCAGCUUCUGUGUUUAGUUGGAGAGUCGUUCGACGAUGCAAGCGAAGAGGUGUGUGGCGCUGUGGUCAACGUCAGACACAAAGGGGAUAAAAUAUCCAUUUGGACGGGCAACUGCCAAAACAAGGAAGCCAUCAUGACAAUAGGGCAGCUUUACAAGGAGCGUCUGAACCUCCCCAUGAAAGCCAUCAUUGGCUACCAGUCACACGACGACACGUCCAGUAAGAGCGGAUCCACCACCAAGAACAUGUACUCUGUUUGAACCCCCCCCCCAUCAUCUGUAGAUUUAAACAGCUACAAAUCUACACCAUCACAUUAACUUUUGAGUUGUCAACUACUGUAGUGUUCUUACCUUUUAUUGCAAAGAGUAUUGUUUCUAUUGCAUUACGUUGGAGCUUUCCCAGUGCAAUGAAGAAUAUAAGAAAUUAAACUGCGGGGGAGGAGAUUCAUAUGGUUGGAAAUAUGUAACGUGAGCAAGAGAACUUCUUUUUUUAAUAUAGAAUUGGAGGGUUCUGUGAGUUCUGACAGUGACCUCACAUAGCUUAGCUAAGAACAAGCUAUGUAGUCACUUUGAGUAUGUAAAAAAAAAAAAAAAAAAACUUUUGUGUUUUUCUUUUACAGAGUUCUCACUUGUCAAAAAACAAAACAAAACAAAAAAAAGCAUCUAUCACCUCACAGGAAAUGAUCAAACCUCUCCGUGCACAGAACGUUUUAAAUGCUAUUUUAACCAGAUUUCUUCAGAAGGGUUCAUUAGACUGGCUUUUGGCUUGGAGAAUCGACAGUAUCUCAAAGGCUUGUACAAUUCUUGGUCACACUCCAUUUCUCGGGUCUGAAUUUACGGCCACUUGUGAUUUCAGAUAUGAAAUAGUAGGAUACUGUUUUUAAGUUUUGUUUUCUUUUUCCCCCUUUUUUUUCUGUCUCCCUAACAUUUAUUUAUAAUUUAAGAAUUAUAGCAUCUUAGUUGAAAUCCCCUCUAAAAUGUAUGCUUUUCUUUUUUUAGUCGUGGACUACUGCAUAUAGAUGAUUUUUUUUUUUUUACAGUGUACCAUACAUUACAAAUUUUCACAGAAUUACGUGUUUUUCACUGUUUUCUUCCUGACAGAAACUGUAGAUAAUGUCGCACUUGGUCGAUGCGAAAGAAAGAUGAUAUUCAUUGUGAAAUGCUUUUGCUCAUAAUGUAUCUUUAUUAUCUGUAAUUCCAGGAUGUAUAUUACCUUUCAAGUAAAGUUUAAGUGCUUUGCAUUAAAACCAGAGGCUUGUUUUCA